AUGUCGUCCCAGACUCUCAAGGUCCGCGCCAGCGAGCUCCAGUCCAAGAAGCGCGACGAGCUCGUCAAGCAGCUCGACGAGCUCAAGACUGAGCUCGUCUCGCUCCGCGUCCAGAAGGUCGCGGGCGGCAACGCCUCCAAGCUUGCCCGCAUCUCGACUGUCCGCAAGUCGAUUGCCCGCGUCCUCACGGUCAUCAACCAGAAGACCCGCGCCAACCUCCGCGAGCUCUACAAGGGCAAGAAGCUCCCGCUCGACCUCCGUGCCAAGAAGACCCGCGCCAUCCGCCGCCGUCUCACCAAGCACGAGCGCACCCAGACGACCGAGCGCGCGCACAAGAAGGCGAUCCACUUCCCGACUCGCCAGUACCUCGUCAAGGCGUAG